UACGAUAUGUUCCCACUGAACUGAUGUAUGUUCCAAAUUCCAAGUUCCAAGUGAAUCAAGUGUUAUUAUCGAAAACUCUAGAGUCGAAAUUUUGAGGUUGCUUUCUGAAGGGAUUUCGACGAUUUAUUUUUUUUAUUGCGUGGAAUUAUUGUGGUAAAAGUGAUAAAAAUUGAGAAAAACUUAAACACCGCUAAAAUCAUAUAACUGAAUUUUUCUUAAUUUAAGAGCAAAAAUGUCUCAUACAAUAUUGCUUGUACAACCAGGUAAUAGACCUGAAACAAGAACAUACUCUGAUUAUGAAAGUGUUAAUGAAUGUAUGGAAGGUGUAUGCAAGAUUUAUGAAGAACAUUUAAAAAGGCGAAAUCCAAAUACGCCAACUAUAACAUACGAUAUCAGUCAAUUGUUUGAUUUUGUUGAUCAACUUACAGAUUUAUCAUGUCUUGUUUAUCAAAAAUCCACAAACACAUAUGCCCCAUACAAUAAGGAUUGGAUUAAAGAAAAGAUAUAUGUUUUACUACGUCGAGCUGCAGGUCAUGGGAAAUAAUUAAUGAACAAAUAUACAUCUAUAAUUUUGUGUAUAAUAAAAAUUACUUUUAAGUAAA